AUGUCGUUUGCGCUCCCUGCCCGCCAGAUUACCUUUGGCCGCAACACCCAGCAGCAGCCAUACCAGUUCCAGCAGCCCCAGCAGAUCCCCUCAGCCGGCGCCAUCGCUCUUCCCGGCGGUGGCACCUUCCAGAACACCCAGUCCACUGCCAACGGUGUCUCUCUUCCAGGGCCCUCACCCUUGUCCAACUCCUUUACCCAACCCCAGCCCGUCUCAAAGCUACCCACCCCUCCCGCAGCUGUCUCUGCCGUCGCGUCCAAUGCCGUUGCAGGUCCCUCGACGCCACCCGCGUCCCAGGUCCCUGCCACUCCUGCCGCGUUGACCCUCGAACAGCAGCACAUCACUGCUGUUGAGGGUAUCGUGCCCACCCUCCAAAACAUCGUCGCCACGGUUAAUCUGGACUGCCGGCUAGAUCUCAAGACCAUCGCCCUCCACGCUAGGAAUGCAGAGUAUAACCCCAAGCGUUUUGCAGCUGUUAUCAUGCGUAUUCGCGACCCCAAGACUACCGCGCUCAUUUUCGCGUCGGGAAAGAUGGUCGUCACGGGUGCCAAGUCUGAAGACGAUUCUCGUCUGGCGUCGCGCAAAUACGCGCGUAUCGUCCAGAAGCUCGGCUUUGACGCCAAGUUCUCCGAGUUCAAGAUUCAGAACAUCGUUGGCAGUUGUGAUGUCAAGUUCCCCAUUCGUUUGGAGGGACUGGCUUAUAGCCACGGACAGUUCAGCAGCUACGAGCCAGAGCUGUUCCCUGGAUUGAUCUAUCGUAUGAUCAAGCCCAAGGUUGUCCUACUCAUUUUCGUCUCAGGCAAGAUCGUCUUGACUGGUGCUAAAGUCAGGGAAGAGAUUUAUACCGCGUUCAACACGAUAUACACUGUGCUGUGCGAAUUCCGCAAGCCUUGA